GUCGAGUCUACCCAUCAUUUGGCUGCCGGCCUCCUCAUGCAUCUCGGCCGGAGACCAGCAGACUAAUUUUGGACACCGGUAUGUAUAUUGCAACAUCAUUUUUCAGUUACAUUUCCUGAAUGAAACAGGUUGGUUUGGUCCGGCGCGCGGUGCGGACGACAGACAGGAAGGAGCAACAAUGGCUGCUUCGCUGCGACAUCUCUGGAACAGCUGGUCCAUUCAGAUCCUGGUGCUCCUUAGCCUGAAGCUCCAGAUCGCUCUCUUCCUCUUCGCCGGGAUCCGCAGACGCGGAGCCCAUUAUCUGCCGCGGUUUCUGCUCUGGUUCGCCUACCAGCUGGCCGACUACACAGCGACGUACGCGCUGGGCCACCUCUCCAUCAGGGGCGCACGCCCCAUCGUCGCAUUCUGGGCGUCAUUCCUCCUGCUGCACCUCGGAGGCCCGGACAACAUCACCGCUUACUCUCUGGAGGACAGCAAGCUCUGGAAGCGCCAUCUGCUGUCUGCCUUUCUCCAGAUCCUGGGAGCGGUGUAUGUCCUCUACGAGCACGUCGCGAGCACGGCGGCCUCGCUCCAGCUUGCCUCCUUGUUGAUGUUCGCUGUCGGCGCCGUCAAGUACGGGGAGAGGACUAGGGCACUUAUGCGCGGAAACCUCGACAGCAUCCGAGGCUCCGUGAAGAAGCAACCACCUGCCAUUCAUAGACACUUCCACCCUCAGGAUAAAGUGUUCAAGGGGGGAGAGUUGGACGAGGAGUCCCUUGUGCGGCGAGCCCACUCGCUGUUCCACAUCUGCAAGCGCGCCAUAGUUGACUAUCCGGUGAUCGAGGAUGAUUCACAGGGCCAAGAUACAACCACCACAAUGGUGGUCGGGGUCAAGAUGUGGAGAUUGAUGGAGACGGAGCUCUCCCUCAUGUACGACAUGCUGUACACCAAGGCAGCGGUCAUCCACACCUGGUUCGGCUACACGGUACGUCUCGUCUCGCCGGUCGCCAUUGUCGCCUCACUGCUGCUGUUUAAGCUCACUAGCAAGGAUGCCCACCGCAGUGCUGACGUUGUGAUCACCUACGUCUUGUAUGGUGGCGCUUUGUUCAUGGAGACGACGUCUCUGCUGAACGCGCUAGGCUCCUCUUGGACAUUUGCGUUUCUGAGUACCACCAGAUGGCGCUGGCUUCGAUACGCAGCUCUGUGCAACGAAAGAUGGGACCGACUCAGGUGGUCCGUUGCGUAUCUUCAUCAUCUGGUCAGCAUAGGAGGACGAAGCCGGUACAAAUCAAGGAGGUGGUCAUGCAUGAUAGGGCAGUACAACAUGCUGCACUUGUGCACUCGUUCUGAGAGUGCUCUGCUCGGCAGGCUGGCACAGGUGGUGGGACUGGGACUCAAUGAAUGGUGGAAUAGGGGGCAUUACUCGUGGAUCAUUGAGAUGCCGGACCAUGUCAAGGAUCGUAUUUCUCAACAUAUGAACAAAGUUUACACGGAAGGGGUUGCGAUCAACUCGUUGGGCAUGCUCAGGAACAGGUGGGGCGAGGAGCCAUUGAUUCGCAAGGAGCUGCUGCAAGGCAUACUCAAGGAUUCGCUUGGCGUUGAGUUCCAGGAGUGCGUCAUCAUGUGGCACAUCGGCACCGACGUUUUCCUCGCCAAGAGCGAGGGCUCCAUUGCGGCGGACGACGAGGAGGCAUCGCUCGAUGUGGAGGCCAUCAAGGUGAUAUCCAACUACAUGAUGUUCCUCCUCGUGGAACAACCUGACAUGCUGCCAGGCCUUUCCCAGAACAGGCUCUACCAACGAACCUGCGAGAAUCUGGUCAACACUAGACGAUCGACUUAUCAUAGGCACAACAACGACCCGAGCUUCUGUGCCAAGCUCAAGAAUCUCUUCCGCCUGCAGGAUGACCACGCUUCAAAGUCCAGGGUCACCGACAGAGAGGAGCUCGCGAAAACCAUAUAUGAUGAGUACGAGAGCAAAGGAUUCAGCCACGAUUCUCCUCGACUCCCUUAUGUAGUUAAACUUGCCAAGCAGCUGCUAACGAUGGAGGAAAAUGGCACUGCUGACUCGGUGAAACUCGUCCUUGAUGUGUGGACGGAUAUCCUUGUCUACGCAAGCAACAAAUGCAGCAGGAAGGCCCAUGCCGAGAAGCUAAAUAGUGGCGGUGAGUUGACAACCAUCCUGUGGCUUAUGGCAGAACAUUUCUACCAAAUUUAUCUGGACAAGCUUAUUAAAAAAGCGAAAAAUAACUCAUCGUGAAAAAGGCAGGGAGAUGAUGAUCAUUAUUCUAAGGCUGUAAGGCGCGCGAAACGCAUCAGGGUUUUUUGGGCAUUCUAGAAUCCAUGUAAAUUGUUUGUAUCUUCCCCCUUGUUGAAUAAAGAACACCGUGCAUCUACUUGGUUCCACGCCAUCCUGUACCCUUUCUA